CGGGAUGCGGAGUUUUGCUUAGAAGAGAGAAGAAGGUGAGACAGGUUCAGGCUGACUGCGGCUGAUUACAUCUGCAAACAUGGUCGAUGCUUUCUGCGCAACGUGGAAACUGGUGGACAGUCAGAACUUUGAUGACUAUAUGAAGGCAAUAGGGGUUGGCUUUGCCACAAGACAAGUGGGCAAUGUUACCAAACCAACAAUAGUGAUCAGCCAGGAUGGGGACAAAGUGGUGGUGAAAACCCAGAGCACGUUUAAGAACACUGAGCUCUCCGCCAAACUGGGAGAGGAGUUUGAUGAGACCACACCUGAUGACCGGCAUGUAAAGUCUACCUUCACCAUGGAGGGAGACAAAUUUGUGCACGUGCAGAAGUGGGAUGGAAAAGAGACCAAAUUUGUACGAGAAAUCAAGGAUGGAAAGAUGGUGAUGACUUUGACCUUUGAGGGAGUCACGGCGGUCCGAACAUAUGAGAAGGCCUAAGCUUCAAGGAAAGAGUACAUCAUUCAUCCCAGCACUGUAAACCAUCAAAAAAAAAACAAGAUUUAUUUUUUUGUAUUUCAAACAAUGAUUUGCACUUGACAUCUUUUUCUUACAUACAUGUUAUGGAGACUCUGUAGUCAUCGGCUGGUGUGAAACUUUCAGUAAGAUAACCAUGAGUAAAAGCACCCCAAUGUUAUUGCAUUGAUGCAAAGCUAAAAAAAAAAAAAAUAAGGCGCCACAUUUUGUACUUUUAAAACAAGCUUUACCUUAUCAAGAGUGACAGGUGGUGCUUCUUUGGUAUCAACGGCAUGACCUUCACAACAGUUUGAUUUUCCUGCAAGUGAGGAAAGCGUGUUGAAAAGACUGGUAGUGUGAAGGAACAGGUGGGGGAGGGGGGAUGCUGUGCCACUCUAUGCUUGAUAUAUCGGGGUGGAAAAAAAACUAUGAUCACACUAGUACUUUUUCUGACAAGGCAUUAAAAGGAUUUUAAACAACAGCUACAAUAUGACGGAACAUUUCUGUGUUUUUGUAAUCAUAACUUUUUAAACCCUGUUGCUGGUGAAAUACCCAUGCCCAGUCUUUGUUAAAGAUCCUCUGUAAGAAAUACGGAUGAUGAUGAAGGGCCUAAACUGUUUCUGACUGAUGUGUUAAAACUGAAAACAUGAAAUAAACUGCUAAACCAAA